AUGUCCAACUCUCUCGAGCAGCUCAAGGCCAGCGGCACUUAUACCCCAGCCGAUUCUCCGUCCUCGCCGCGGCCGAUUGAGACAUUUUACUGCCGAGUUCUCGACGCCCCAGCUCCCGCCUCAAACGCCGCCCUCAGCAAAACAGACACUAAUCACCUCGCAGCCAUUGACAAGUACAAGCCCCAGGAUGCCACCACCAACCCUUCGCUCAUCCUCGCUGCUGCUAAGAAGGCUGAGUAUGCUAAGCUGAUUGACGAUGCCAUCGCCUACGCCAAGCAGAAGGGCGGCGAUGUCGACGCCCAGGUCGACAACGCCCUUGAUCGUCUCCUAGUUGAGUUUGGCCGCAAGAUUCUCGAAAUUAUUCCCGGACGUGUAUCUACUGAGGUGGAUGCCAAGCUUUCUUUCGACACCAAGGGCUCCGUCGACAAGGCUCUCCAGAUCAUCGACCUCUACAAGCAGCAAGGUAUCAGCAAGGACCGCAUCCUGAUCAAGAUUGCCUCCACCUGGGAGGGUAUCAAGGCCGCCGAGAUCCUCCAGCGCGACCACCAGAUCAACUGCAACCUGACUCUCAUGUUCUCGCUUCCCCAGGCCAUCGCCGCCGCCGAGGCUGAUGCCUUCCUCAUCUCCCCCUUUGUUGGCCGCAUUCUUGACUGGUACAAGGCUGCCACCAAGCAGGAGUACACCAAGGAGAACGACCCUGGUGUGGCCUCAGUCAAGGCCAUCUUUGACUACUACAAGAAGUUUGGCUACAAGACCAUUGUCAUGGGCGCCUCCUUCCGCAACACUGGCGAGAUCACCGAGCUCGCUGGCUGUGACUACCUGACCAUCUCCCCUGGUCUGCUUGAGGAGCUUCUCAACAGCUCCGAUGCCGUUCCUAAGAAGCUCGAUGCCGCCGGCGCCGCCUCUCAGAACAUUGAGCGCAAGACCUAUAUCAACGACGAGGCUACCUUCCGCUUCGCGUUCAACGAGGAGCAGAUGGCCGUCGAGAAGCUCCGUGAGGGCAUCAGCAAGUUUGCUGCCGACGCUGAGACUCUCAAGAAGACCCUCAAGGAGAAGAUCUCUGCUUAA